UUCUAGGCAAGAGCUUAUCUGUAGCUUCUGAUAACGGGAUGUACAAGCAGGAGUCUGUAUCCCACCCUGAAUACAGCAAUUAAAGCUGCAAAUAAAGCAAGAUCAGAAAUAUGAAGUUGGAGGUACCAGAAAGUUUUGAAGAUGUUGCUGUUGAGUUUUCAAGAGAUGAGUGGGAACUUCUGACCAAAGAGGAGAAACAGUUGCACCAGGAGGUGAUGAUACAGAACUUUGAGCACAUGGUCUCAGUAGGGUGCAACGUUCCACUAGUAAAGCUGUUGCUUCUAAUUGAAAAACCUGACGAGCUUCCAUUUAAUGUUAUGGAGCAAAAUACAUCUACACUGAAAACGGAUCAAACCAUCAGCAGGUCAGAGGAAUGCAAGAUUCAGAGUCAGAAUUCAUCAUUGAAGGAUUUCAUGACAUCCUGCACCAAGCACUACAUUGACAAUGCAGCUGUUACAAGACACGAGGCUGCUCAUAUAAGAAACCAGCAGCAUAAAUGUGAGGAGCGCAACUUGGCUCUUAGCCAGAAGCAUGAGUUAAAAUGUCUACAAAAUCAUGCUGCAAAUAAAUUUUAUACAAAAGGUAAUCGUAAAAAGUGUUUCACUUUUCCAUUUACCUUAAAAGCACAUCAUUGUGCUAAAACCAGUGAGGAAAUUAGGAAUGGGUCCUACUCCCAGCGUACCCUUACCAGGUCAAGAAGACUUAGAGAGUGGAAGAAAUGCAAGGAUAAUGAGGUUACAACCCCAAAAUUCUCCAGUGCAGGGAAACCGUGUACAUUUGGCACAUGUAUCAAGACCUUCACAGAGAAGUAUAAAUGUAUACAAAGCAUGUCUGUCAAGAGUCGUGAGAUGCCAUAUAAAUGUGCCACGUGUGACAAACGUUUUCCAUGGAGGAGUACGCUCACACGACAUGAGAAUAGCCACAAAACAGAGAAACAACAUAAAUGUAACACUUGUGGCAAGUGCUUUACAAGAAGGGGCUACCUCACAAACCAUAAGAGAAUUCACAGUGGAGAAAAGCCAUAUAAAUGCAGCACAUGUGGUGAGGGCUUUACAUACAAGCAGUAUAUUACAGUCCACAAGAGACUCCACACUAAAGAGAAGCCAUACAGUUGUACCACAUGUGGCAGAGCUUUUACAAGAAAGAUCUACCUUACAGUUCAUGGAAGAAUUCACAGAGGUGAAAAGCCAUACAAAUGUUCAAUAUGCUGUAAGAGCUUUAGAAUAAAGUUCAGUCUCACAGCUCAUGAGAGAAGUCACAGUGAAGAGAAACCAUUUAAAUGUGCAACUUGUGGGAACAGUUUUACAAUGAAGGGCACCUUAACUUCCCAUGAAAGAAGACACAGUGGAGAGAAACCAUACAGAUGUGAAGUUUGUGGCAAGAGUUUUAUACAGAAGAGCCACCUUAGUAGCCAUGAAAAGAUCCACACCGGAAUAAAGCCCUAUAAAUGUACAAUGUGUGACAAGCGUUUUAUAAAGAAAGGCAACCUUACAGCCCAUGAGGAGAACUGUAGUGGGAAGAAGCCAUAUACAUGUGCCAUUUGUGGGAAAAGAUUUAGACAGAAGGGUCAUCUUACAGUUCAUGAGAAUAUACACUGUGGACUGAAGCCAUAUAGAUGUACCACAUGUGGCAAGAAAUUUACACAGAAGGGUUAUCUUGCAGUUCAUGAGAAAAUACACUCUGGAGUGAAGCCAUAUAGAUGUGCAAUUUGUGACAAGAAUUUUACAACAAAGGGCAGCCUUACAAUCCAUGAGAGAAUCCACAAUGGCUAUAAGCCUUUCAAAUGUACAUUUUGUGGCAAAAGUUUUAUACAAAGGUAUUAUGUUACAAUACAUGAAAAAAUCCACACUGGGGAGAGACCCUAUAAAUGUGGAAAAUGUGGCCAGAGUUUUACAUACAAGAGCAGCUUAACUGUACAUGAAAGAAAACACAGUGGAGAGAAACCCUACACAUGUGAAGUUUGUGGCAAGUGUUUUAUACAGAAGAGUAACCUUAGAAGCCAUGAGAAGAUCCACAUUGGCAUCAAAUCAUUUAAAUGUGCAAAGUGCGGCAAGUGUUUUAUAAAGAAAGGCAACCUUACAGCUCAUGAGAAGAACCAUAGUGGGGAGAAGCCAUAUACAUGUGCCAUAUGUGGCAAAAGAUUUAGACAGAAGGGCCAUCUUACAGUUCAUGAGAAAAUACACUCUGGACUGAAGCCAUUUAGAUGCACAAUUUGUGACAAGAGUUUUACAGUAAAGAGCAGCCUUAUAGUCCAUGAAAGAAUUCACAGUGGAGAUAAGCCUUACAAAUGUGCAUUUUGUGGCAAAAGUUUUAUGCAAAAGUAUUAUGUUUCAAUGCAUGAAAAAAUCCACACUGGGGAGACACCCUUUAAAUGUGCAAAAUGUGGCCAGAGUUUUACAUACAAGAGCACCUUAAUCGUCCAUGAAAGAAGACACAGUGGAGAGAACCCAUACACAUGUGCAGUGUGUGGCAAGACUUUUGCACGGAACCAAAACCUUCGCAUUCAUGAGAAAAUUCACACAGGAGAUAAACCCAACAUUUGUGACACAUGUGGCAAGAGUUUUCUAAGGAAGACCAGCCUUACAGUACACAAGAAAAGGCACAUGGAUGAAAAAUAAAGACACCUGGGCACAAAGGCCCUAGGAUAAAACAGUGCCCAAUCCUGGUGCACACACUGGUGGCAGAAAUGGAAAAAAAUAUGUCUAAAGAGUCAUCAUGGCAUAGAUAUAUUCCUAGAAUAGGGUUAUGCCAGGCUCAGGGGAAAGAUGGGGCCUCUGUUGUAGAAGGAAGAAGUAGUCCACAAAAGCAUGAGACACCAAAAAAGAGCCAUACAGAUGACAAAGUGGACUAUUGACUAUACAAAAGAAAGAAAUUAUGUAUUGCUGCUAUAACAAAAUAAGCCCAGAAUUUCCAGACAGAAAAUGUUUGGAAAGAUUAAUAGACAAUUAAAAGAAAAGAAAAAUAAUGCCAGAAAAAAAAUAAAGCAAAAUGUGUUCACUAAUACCACAGAUUUAUGAAAAACAUUACAUACAGGAGGAACUUUGGGCUGCCUGGAAAAAGAAGUGACAGAGGAAGUGCCAAAGUAUAAAGAACAAAAUCCAGAGUUUUUUCAGUGGUGUAAAAAAGAAUCCUGGACAUGGAAAAGAAAAAGUGAUCUGGUAAGGUACAAUAUUUAUGCAAAGGAGAAUGCCGUGCUAAUCAAUACAAAAAAGCAGCUCCAAAGAUAUCUGAAGAGACAUACAGGCAAAAGCAGCCAGAUUUGGAACAUUUCACAAUACAAAAAUAAGAAAACAAGGGGGAGCGCAGACAAUAGGAUUAGUAAGGCAGACAUUAAACACGUUGAAAUCUAAAUUAUAGAUCAUCUGCAAAGGGAGGGAUUUAGAAUGGAGACUCUAACCCAGGUAAUGUUAUACAAUGAUGGGAUUACUGGUUCCCAGAAUAAGGAAAAACAGGUGGAGCAGGAGGCAUUGGAAGAUGUGUACAGUGAUGAUGUAUCUGGAGCCUUCUGCAGGAGACUGCAAUGAAAGUCCAGGUGAAGUUGCACAGCUUGAGAAGGAGCAGGAAAGAGUGAAAACUCUGAACAGGUAAUGUUAGGUAAUGUUACAGAGUGACAGGACAAAGGGUUCCAUAUGAAAGAGCAUCAUACGAAGCAGGGUGCUUCCCAAGGGGGUGUGGCACAGAAAGGUUUUCAGGAAUUUUCUGUAGAUUACUCAUGGAAAACAGAAGACGAAGAAGACUCACGCAGUUUGGAAGAAAAUGAUUUAAGGGAAGACAUGCUUAUUUUAAUAGAUAUGUAUAGACAUAUAUUGAAACAAGAUGAAAGAAAAAGAUGACAGAAACUAAACCCAAAAUGUUGGAAGACUGAUAAAACAGGUGAACAUUGUAAUUAGGACUUUUAAGAGAAAUUCACAAGAUAUAAUAGAAAUAAGUAGAAUAUAUUCUUGAGAGUUAAACUCCAAAGGGAUAAAGUUUUACAACAAAAACAUACAGUAACAAAGGAAAAUCAGAGAACAAGUAAAAUGCCACCAUGGCAGCAUUGGAGAGAGACAACUAUAGAGCAGUUAAGACAAGAAGUACCACUGUUAAAGUAUGGAAAAGGGAACUGAUCAGGAAAAAUGCUUAGAAAGAUUGCUGUGAUAAAAGCAGUGCACAGUAUCAAAACAGAUCAAAAUGUAUCAUAUACUAUCACCAAUAGUAAACUAAAAAUAUCAGCCCAGACAGAAAAUUUUAGAAGAUAUGUAUGCAGAUAUAUGCAAAGGAGUAGUACCAAAUUAGCAAUUUAUGGAUGAUCCAAAAUGAUCUUAUACAGAACUGGGAAACAAAGCAAAAGGAAUAGAAAUACCACCAAAAAAGGAAAAACUAAGCAAGUUUUGUUUAAGUAUUUAUGAGACCCUUUUGAACAUAACAAAGAUGCUGAAUGUAAUAAAAGAAUUAAAAGAAACAAUAAAAAGUUUUAAUGUAGCAGAUAUGAUAAGAUAUGGUAGGAUGUAAUGACCAGAGAAAUAUAGACAAAACUAAGAAAUGCUCCUAAAUGGAAACCCCAGGCCCAGACCCAGUACCUAACUCUGGCUAAAUGUAUUAAUAUUACUAGACAAAUAUUUAGCCCGGACUAAGAAUUAUGUAUACAUGCAUCCUGAGAGAUACCAAACUGGUUAUCAACAAGAGAAAUGAUAUGCCUCCUUAAGAGUGAGCCUGCAAGCCAUCCUAAAAUAUAUAGACCAGUAACUUGCCAGAAGGACAAUGUACAAGGUAUAUACUGGAACUGAUGCAGACAGAGUUUAUAGUCAUUUAGAAAAAAAAUUCAGUAAUGGCAAUAGAACCAAAGGAAAAAAAAGAAAAAAAAGCUAAAUGGAACAGAGGAUUUUUUUGUUUCUAAAUAAAGCUUUACUAUAGAAUUGUUAAAAGGGGAAGAAGCCAAGUGUGGCAUGGAUAGAUGCAAAAAAGCAUUUGACAGUAUCUCACAUUCAUGGAUAAAGAUAUGUUUUGAGAUACACAAGCUGCACCCUACAUUUAUCAAUUACAUUAAAGUGACCAUGAAACCAUGACAAACCACUUUCAAGCUGAGCCCUGACAAAUGGCAAAUUAUUGUCCUAGGGGUAAAAAUUCAAAGGAGAUAUUCUAGGGUGAUUCUGUGUCACGGCUGCUAUUUUGUCUUGCCCUAAACCCAUUAAGCUUUUACUAAACAGAGCAGACUAUCAUUAUAAUUUGGCUCCCAGAAACCAGACUUGGUUAGAAACAUCUCAUCUAGCUAUUGUAGAUGACUUAUCUGAUGAACUGUACAAUUUUAUGGAGUUGAAAGCACAGCUACAAAUGGAUAAAACUUUCUCAGAUGAUAUAAGAAUGCCAUUUGGUUUUGAUAAAUGUGCAAAAGCAACAUUUAAAAGAGAAAAGAUGCAACACUAAAAAAAUUAGUCUGGGACAGGAAUGUGAUGUAAAGGAAUAUGAGCAGGAGGGAGUGUAUAACUAUUUGGGAAUUG